AUGAUUCCACGAAGAAUCUCUACCCCGUCAUCACCAUUCCCCGCCCUUGCGACCACAUCACGACCAUCUUUGGCCCUCAAACGAUCCUCGCUCACCGUGGGCAUACCUGCCACCCUCGGCCGACGCACUAUAUUCAUCCAGACCGAGGGCACACCCAAUGCAGACGCGCUCAAGUUCCUACCAAACCAUCGAAUCCUACCUGAGAACCUAUCGACGCCCUUCAUCGAGUACCUGAACCCGCGCAGCACCAUCGCCCCGCCGCACCCCUCGCCGCUGGCCGCGCAGCUCAUGAACAUCGACGGGGUCAAGUCGGUCUUCUACGGCGCGGAUUUCAUCACGGUCACAAAGGACGCGGAUGCGAACUGGGCACACAUCCGACCCGAGGUCUUCUCGCUCAUCACCGAGGCCGUCACGAGUGGUCAGAAGAUUGUUAAUGUCGUGGAGAAGAAGGACAACGCUGGUGCUGCGAGCGGCCCCCCGGAGGAGGUUGACAGCCUCGCAUACGAUGAGAACGACAGCGAGGUAGUCGGCAUGAUCAAGGAGCUGCUCGAGACCAGGAUCAGGCCAGCCAUCCAGGAGGAUGGUGGUGAUAUUGAAUUCCGCGGGUUCGAAGAUGGAAAUGUGUUGUUGAAGUUGAGGGGUGCGUGCCGGACGUGCGACUCGAGCACGGUCACACUAAAGAAUGGUAUCGAGGGAAUGUUGAUGCACUACAUUGAAGAGGUGAAAGGAGUCAUCCAGGUGAUGGAUGAGGAGGAGGAAAUUGCCACGAGGGAGUUUGCCAAAUUCGAGGAGAAGCUGAGGCAGCAGAAGGGCUCCGUUCCACCUACCUCGCCGGGUCCUGGGUCCAUCGACACUGUUUCUGGCUAAUCGAUCCAACGCGCCGAGCCAACAACUGACGUGAGGUCCUUCGCAGAGAUGCCAAUGUCGGGUCUAGUCAGCCUCAAAAAAGAAAGUCACCCAACAGAUGAGGAGGGCGCCUGGGGGGAAACUUGCAACCAUAGAGAUACCACAAUACAAUCCCGAUUUGGA